UCUCCUGUUAAAGGGGGUGUAAGGGUUGCGCAAUUUCGCAACCUGUCUUAUAUGAAGAAAAAGAAAAAUCGUCGGAAGGAAAAGAAAAAGAAAAUUAUGCAGAGAGAAAAUUCUCCAUACUGCUGGGCACCAGUCCCACCACCAUCUACACCACCACCAGUACCACCAGCGCAAUCUCAAUAUACCUUUUCUGCUGAACGGUUCCCAGCACCAUGGACUGGAAAUAUCUCUAAUCAGAACAGUGGAAUGAUGAGUCCAACAGAUCCAUGUUUGCAGAUGCGGCCACCAAGUGGAGCUCUUCCAAACUUGAAACAGGGAUGGGCGCCGCCACUGGCUAAAGUAAAUAACCAUUCUCUAGCUAUGAGACCACCAACCCCGGUUUCAGUAAAUCAGGGAUGGGCACCACCACUGGCUCCAGUAAAUAACCAUUCUAUAGCUGUGAGACCACCAUCCCCGGCUCAAGUGAAUAACCAUUCUCUAGUUGUGAGACCACCACCCCCGGCUCAAGGUGCCUGGCCUUCCUUUCCUCCUGCUCAGAUGAUGAAUCAUGGGAUUGUAAACAACAAAUCCCGUCCUUUAGAUCUCGGCAUGUUUCCUCCUUGGCAGCUCAGUGUUACUCUUCCUGGUGGGGAGAAUCGUUAUAUCAAUAUCCCUUACUCAGAGGGUACCCAUGUUAUUGGUCUCCCCCUUGGUUUGGAUGUUCCUGAAGUGAUUGCGAGCAACUACAAAGCUUUACUAUGUAUGGUAAGCGGAAUGACCUGCAUCAUAAACAGUCAAUUUUUGAACUUAGAUCGAUACCAGAAGAAUACUGCUAGUUAUUGGGAGGAUAUUGUGAAUCGCUAUCGCCUUGAAAUUCAGGAGUUGAAGUCGGCUCCUCAGGAGGCGAUGGCUUCAGUUUCUCCAUCGAAAAAGAGGAAGAUGAGUGCAGAGGAAUCUAGCCCCUGUGAAACAAAGACAGUUUGUAUUACCAAACCUGAGCACCUGCCUCCACCAAUAUCCAUUGAAACGCCUGCCAACCCUGUUCCCCUGGUCCAGGAAUCUGUUAUAGAAGAGGAUAUGGAUGAAACGGAUGACUUCCCCCUUCCUAGUGUGAAGCGUGCGCGAGGCAAAGAUGUUCCUACAGGUGCAGCACUAUCUUGUUCUGACGUGCAAACUGAGAAGGUUGAAUCCGUUGCAAGGCUUGAGACCACCGAGGAAACUGUUGAUGCUACAAUGACCUCUAACUCCGCCAAUUGCCCGACUUUUGACUCCGCAACAUUAACUAAUUCGACUCCUAAAGAAGUCACUCUUCCCGUUGUUGAAUCUGUUACAGGGGUUGCGCCCACCGGGGAACCUUUUGAUGCUACAAUGACCUCUACCUCUGCCAAUUGCCUGAAUGUUGACUCCACAACUUUAACUAGUUCGGCUGAUACAGAUAUCACUCCUUCCCUUGUAGAAUCCACAAGUGUUUCCGGUCAAGUGGGAGAUGAAUGGUUUGCAUAUGUGGAGAACUUCAACAUCCCAAAAGAGUACGCAGUUUUGUAUAAAAAGAUAUAUAACAAGUAUGGGCAUAUUGCGACUAAGAAGGUCAUCAAGUCCAAUGAUGCUAUACUACUUGCAGCUGUUACUAGCUUGUUAAAAAUUGCCCGUACAAUGGAAACUGCGCGGGGUGUGGAUUUGAGUGAACCGCUGCUAGAAAGUUGGGAAGGAGACAUCAAAGAUGCUGAGACAUUGCAGUUCAACGUUAAGUGGCUUCGUGAGAAAUUUAAUAGAGUUAAAAUCUAUUGGAAGUUGGCUUUAAGGAUAGAUAAAGAAGUGGAAAGCCGUGAACUAGUAUUAGAUGCAACACAGGCAAAGUAUGUUGGUCUUUAUUCUAGAAAAGACGAACUCGAUUCUGAAAUUUCAGAGGUGAAGAUCAAUUUAAGAAAAUCUGAAGCAAAGAUUUCAUCCCAGCGAGAAGCUAUCCGAGAAAAGAUUGCGCAGAAGAACACAUUUUUGUAUGAACCUAUUCUGGGGAACUUGUUUAGUUGAUUAUACAUAUUCGCCUGGAUGGUUCCAAAUUGAUUGUAGUAUGUUGGUAAAAUCAUCGGAACUUGUUUGCCGAUACAGCAACUUAUUGUGAUUGUAAAUGCUAAAUAAUAUGAAAUAGUUUUAUCA